CCCAAGAAGCCCUGCGCUCGUUUCCCACAAUGCGCUUAUCCGUCGUCCCAUUUCCUCUCGAUUCCACUGAUGGCAGACUCAGUUCAGUCUCUUGAUAUGUUUCUCUAACUUCUCUGAAGGGAAAAAAAUGUCAUCUCCUUUUCCUGCGUUCCGGUUUCCAGCUUCUUCGAGAAUGGCCUUGACAAACCCUUCUCCCUUUCUACAGAAAUUCAAGGGUCUGCCGCUAUUGCCACAAACCCAUUACUGCGUUUUGAGUACCAGACAACAAAGAUUAUCUCAUAUCAAAAAUACUCGCUGCAUUGUUUCACUUGCUGCGAACAUGGCUGCAGGGCAGUCUGAUGGGCCCGACAAACUGAAUUUGGACAGGUCUUUGGAAGUCGUGAGAAAACUGUGGGAUAGUCUUCCUCAACCUGUCAAGAGUUUUCCAUGGACCAAAACGUUCAGCAACUUUGCACAUAUCAUCCUUGAACUCGUAUAUGCAGUCACCAAGUACUUGUGUUUACCAUUACUGGCAGUUUCUUCACUAAGCGAGAUGUCCUACUGUGCACAGGAAAGGAAAAUGAUUCUUAUACCCAUACCCCUACUCGCCGGCAUUGCUGUUGCUGGGGUCUUGAAGGACACAGCCAUAGAACUAUCUCCGGAGCUCAAGGAAGAAGAAUUUCCCUGGCAUCUGCUGGCGAUUGCAGUUUUCUUCACAUUGCUCAAACUUCCAGGCCCUUACUAUCCUUACUGGGGGCGCAUACUUGUUCCACAUUUUGCAAAUGGUGGACUUUGGAGGACGCUGUGGUUUGCCUUUUUGUGGUAUAGAAGGCCCCGAGAGUCUUUGAGGACAGCCUUUGGGACAUCUGUAGAUGAAAGCCAUUCCAAGGAAAAGAAACUCUGACAUAAUUGUGGAAGAUGCUCAGAGAGGUACCGUGAUUUGUUUCAUACAUGCGGAUGCAUGACUUUCAUGAGUUUAGGACAAAAAACGGUGAAGAAGCAAUGCAUGUUUCCUUUCUUUUCUAAAGUAGAACUUGCAUGUGAGGUUGGUUUCUUUGGGUACUUGCUUUUGUUUAUACCAUGAGGAUGAAUUCGGUUCCAAGGAAGCACUUUUUUCAGUAGAGUUCUAUUUUCAACACUUGGAAUUUUUAUGGGUUUUUAGAGAACAUGGGCAUCGUUGUUUGGGAUUGUUACAUAUUUGUCUGGAGUACUAUUAUUUCGUUGAGCUCUUAUGUACUUCAUUUCCUUGCAA